UGCAAUCGGCUAUUCUCGUCUACUUUCGAGGCGAGCCGCAGCUCGUCUCAAACAAGCCUACCGUUUCCAUGGUAAUACGUCAUCAGCACUCGACCAAACACAGUGGUGGCGCGAGAUUAGGGAAGCAUUCAAAAGUAUUUUCUCAAAAAGUGUUUUUAAUGGACAGUUCUUGACAUUAAGUUAGAUUAGCUCUGUGUUAUAAAGGCGCCUGGGUGCUCCGUCCAGCUGCUGCCAUGACACAGUCCGUUGUUGUCCAAGUUGGGCAGUGUGGCAACCAGGUUGGCUGCAGGUUUUGGGAUCUUGCCUUGCGAGAACAUGCCCAUGUGAAUAAAAAAGGAUUGUAUGAUGAGGCACUCGGUAGCUUUUUCCGAAAUGUGGACUCAAGGAAAUGUGAUGGGGAGGCCCAUGUUGUUGGUGGGAGAAUCCAACAUCUGAAGGCCAGGGCGGUGCUGGUGGACAUGGAGGAGGGUGUGGUCAAUGAGAUCCUGCAGGGCCCGUUGAGAGAAAUGUUUGACAGCACCCAGCUCCUCACAGACGUGUCGGGUUCAGGCAACAACUGGGCAGUUGGACACAUGACGUAUGGCUCAGCCUACAGGGAACAGAUUGUGGAUAAACUGAGGAAGGCAGCAGAACACUGUGACUGUCUGCAGUGCUUCUUCCUCAUUCACUCCAUGGGAGGAGGUACAGGCUCGGGCCUUGGGACCAAAGUGCUGAGCCUGCUGGAGGAGGAGUUCCCCGAGGUGUGUCGGAUUGUCACCUCCAUCUAUCCAUCUGCAGAGGAUGAUGUCGUCACCUCUCCCUACAACAGCAUCCUGGCUAUGAGGGAGCUCACAGAGCACGCUGACUGUGUCCUGCCUGUGGAAAACCAAUCGUUGGUGGACAUUGUGAAGAAGAUUAAACAUAUGUCUCACAGUGGAAAGCCAGGGACUGUGAUCAGGAGGGAAAGCGCCAUCAUCUCUGGGCAGGGGGGGCUCAUUGGAGCCGAGAAGCCUUUUGAUGCCAUGAAUAAUAUUGUGGCUAACCUGUUGCUCAACAUUACCAGCUCAGCUCGUUUUGAAGGGUCUCUCAACAUGGAUCUGAAUGAGAUUGCCAUGAACCUGGUCCCCUUCCCUCGUUUACACUACUUGGUGCCGAGCCUCACCCCUCUCUACACUCUGGCAGAUGUCAGUGUCCCCUCCAGAAGACUGGAUCAGAUGUUCAGUGAUGCCUUCAGUAAAGAGCACCAGCUGAUCCGAGCCGACCCGAAGCACAGCCUCUACCUGGCCUGCGCCCUCAUGGUGAGGGGCAACGUGCAGGUGUCCGACCUCCGCAGGAACAUCGAGAGACUGAAGCCUUCGCUGCCAUUUGUGUCUUGGAACCAGGAAGGCUGGAAGACGGGCCUGUGCUCGGUGCCUCCUGUGGGCCACUCCCACUCCCUGUUAGCCCUGGCCAACAACACCUGUGUGAAAACCACCUUCAUGGAGCUGAGAGAACGCUUCACCAAGCUCUACAGGAAGAAGGCUCACUUACACCACUACCUGCAUGUAGAAGGGAUGGAGCAGAGCCACUUCUCGGAGGCCCUCAGCUCUCUCAGCUCCCUGAUUGAAGAGUACCAGCAGCUGGAUGCCACCAAGGGGAGACUCAUGCCUGGCGCACCCAGACUCCGCAUCGCCAGAUGAAGAUGCCAGAUAACGUGGACAGCAGUCCAGGCCCUGCAGGCUGGUUCCUGUACACAGGCCGCUCUAUAAACACACAC